AUGUCGAGAACAGGCGUUUUUGAACCCAAUCGUGGGGCAGAAGGCCACUACACAUCUUUCCCAAAGGACCCCUCUACGAUGUACUACGGUGACACCAGCUCGGGAGUUGCCCAGCGCUCACCGUCAACGCCCGGGCUGUACAGCCAAUCCCGUGCUUUCCCUUCGGGAAGGGGCUUUCCAAAGCAGACCGAUGAGACUGCCCUUCCAGACUAUCCAUUAAAGGAGCAUGCUUUUCAUCAUGACGUUUCUCCUGUGGACGAGAAAUCCCAGUGGGCGGGACGCACUAGCUACGACAAACCAGCCUCUAUGGAAAAGGACAGUUGCCACCAUGGGAGGUAUUUUGGUGCUGAUCUGGAUCCCAAGUCUCAGGAGGGAGGGUGCUGGAAAAUGCAACCCAGUCUCUCUUCACAUAGUGCAGAAUACGAAUCCGGUAAAGCUGAUUGUUAUGACCGUCGCUCCUUACGGCCUGAUGAACAUAUGAGUCUCUCAUGGAACCAAGCCGAAGGAGGAAAUCACGGGUCCUUGCCAUUCCUCGGGAAUCCGCCUUUUGAAGGGAACUCGUACGUUCGAUCUCCUACCAUGCAGAUUAAUGACUCUCAACUGCAAACUAUGAAAGGGCGUGAUCCCUUUGCUCAGGAUGCCGUGCGUCAACGUGCCCUCCAGGGGCAUCGAACUGCAAACCUCCUUAGUGUGUGUUAUCACGGAACAUGCACUUAUAUGAGGGAACGAACACGUGAAUAUAUCAUUCAGCCGGCAGGGAAGGAGAUCGACUGGUCGGAGAAGAAGCUAUUUCGAAAAGCUCUGCCUUCCUCAAUCUUUGCAAGUGACCAGGUUGCUGAGCGCCUCCGGCAAACUCUUCCCCCUCCGGGCACUGAGGCAGAGAGAAGACCCAAAUCUGAUUACGGCAACCGCAGAAACUGGAGUCAGAUUGAGAACGCCCCUAUCUACACCGCGAAGGUUGAAGAACGAUCAUUCGAUAGCUCGCUUUUAUACCACGGAUGCCGGCAUCUGAAGAGACAAUCCGCUCUCGGAUACGUACCAGAUGAGGUGGCCUCGCUCCUGCGAUGCUCAGUUGAACCCGAAAAAGGCGAAAGAACUGUUGUUCCGUCGAGGUCCUCGCUGACCUCCCAGCAUGACUCCGCACAGCUGAGGAGGAUCCUCUCGCACGAACCCGAGUUAGAACUCGACGCUGAGGACUACGGGAAUCAGCGCCCGUGUUUCCGGAAAUCGCCGUUCUUGACGUCGAAGAAUCCUUAUCGUUGGGGCGUCAGCGUGUUUGGCUACGACCGUUCCCCACCCCGUCGCAACCGCAUGUAUGCGUUGCGUGACCACUUGGACUCCAAGCUGGUCCCCAGCCACAGCACGGACGACGCCACGCACAUCAGGCUACGAAAUGCCCCCCUGUUACCGGGAUCUUUGCACAUGUCGAAGCUCGUCCCUGUGAAGGAUUUCCCUUCGACAUCGGCUUAUCGGACUCGUCGGGACCGCGGUAGUUUGGAUGCUAGCUUGGUGCCACUCGAUGGAGGUGGACAAGAACGGGUCCGUCGUCGACCGAUCAGCCGGCCUGACAGGUCGUUGCAGGAAAACUUCGUUCCUGUCCACGACGUUGUGUCUCGUCACAAGCGUUUCCUGAGGAAAGAUCGAGAUAGCCUCCAAGCGAAUAUGGUACCAGGCAUUAAGGAGCCUACACGAAGGCUAAAGCGAGCCUCAUCUUUGUGUCGUCCUUCAAGCGUCGCGCGCGGCACAUUUUAG